AUGUUAUAUAACAGAACUAUUGUUAAAGGAGAGUAUUCCUCGGUAUUCUCUUGUUUAAGUGCAAUAUACAAGUUAGAAGGAUUUGAAGGUUUUUUUAAAGGUAACGGAGCUAAUGUUAUUAGAAUACUCCCUUGCACAGCUGUUCAAUUUGCAUCUUAUGAGCAGUUUAAAAGAAUAUUUUGUGAAAACGAAUAUGAAAGUAAAGCAUAUUUUAGCUUACUUGCUGGGGUUUUUGCAGGAGUCACUUCUGCCACCCUUACCUAUCCGCUGGAUCUAAUUCGCACACGCUUGUCCGUGCAGAGACAGAGCGGCCAAACUUAUAAAGGUAUCAUCCACUGCGGUCGCACUAUUAUAGCAGAAGAAGGCGGAGUCUUAUCUACGGCACUUUUCCGAGGUCUGGCACCCACUCUUCUGGGCAUUUCCCCGUACGUGGCCCUCAACUUUUCUGUCUAUGAGUCACUUAAAAAUCUGUUUCAAAGCUACUACUGCGUCGCUGGAAGCGACGCGCUUCCUGUGCCAAUUCGCCUACUGUGUGGCGCGGCGGCGGGCGCAGUUGCUCAGACUGUGGCUUAUCCUUUGGAUCUGGUGCGGCGGAGAAUGCAGGUUAGAGGGAUCUUCUGCGAUCUACCUUUUGAGUAUAAAGGAACCCUCAACGCGGUACUCACCAUAGCCCGUGAAGAGGGACUGGCUGGGCUAUACCGGGGCCUUGUUCCCAACUAUUACAAGGUGGUACCGUCUAUUAGCGUGUCUUAUAUCGUCUACGAAUUCUGCUUGAAGCAUCUUUUCUAAAAACACAAAACUGGAUCACUUAACCCAAGAUCAAUAGGAAAUUCUUUUUUAUAGGCAAAUUGUGGCUAAUAAUCAUAAA